GCCACCAUGCUGGCCUCGGGGCUGCUGCUGGUGGCUUUGCUGGCCUGCCUGACCAUCAUGGUCGUGAUGUCUGUCUGGAAGCAGAGAAAGCUCUCGGGGAAGCUGCCCCCGGGGCCCACCCCACUGCCCUUCAUCGGAAACUACCUGCAGCUGAACACUGAGCAGAUGUACAACUCCCUCAUGAAGAUCAGCGAGCGCUAUGGCCCGGUGUUCACCGUGUACCUGGGGACGCGGAGGAUAGUGGUGCUGUGCGGCCAUGACGCCGUGAAGGAGGCCUUGGUGGACCAGGCCGAGGAAUUCAGCGGGCGGGGAGAGCAGGCCACCUUCGACUGGCUCUUCAAAGGCUACGGCGUGGCGUUCAGCAACGGCGAGCGCGCCAAGCAGCUGCGGCGUUUCUCCAUCACCACGCUGCGGGACUUCGGCCUGGGCAAGCGCAGCAUCGAGGAGCGCAUCCAGGAGGAGGCGGGCUUCCUCAUCGAGGCUUUCAGGGACACAAAAGGCGCCUUCAUCGACCCUACCUUCUUCCUGAGCCGAACUGUCUCCAAUGUCAUCAGCUCCAUUGUCUUCGGGGACCGCUUCAACUAUGAGGACAAAGAGUUCCUGUCCUUGCUGCGUAUGAUGCUGGGAAGCUUCCAGUUCACAGCUACCUCUACGGGACAGCUCUAUGAGAUGUUCUCCUCGGUGAUGAAGCACCUGCCGGGACCGCAGCAACAGGCCUUUAAGGAGCUGCAGGGGCUGGAAAACUUCAUAGCCAAGAAGGUGGAGCGUAACCAACGCACCCUGGACCCCAACUCCCCCCGGGACUUCAUCGACUCCUUCCUCAUCCGCAUGCAGGAGGAGCAGAAGAACCCCAACAGCGAGUUCUUCAUGAAGAACCUGGUGCUGACCACGCUGAACCUCUUCUUCGCGGGCACCGAGACUGUCAGCACUACCCUGCGCUACGGCUUCCUGCUGCUCAUGAAGCACCCAGAUGUGGAGGCCAAGCUCCAUGCGGAGAUUGACCGGGUCAUUGGCAAGAACCGUCAGCCCAAGUUUGAGGACCGAGCCAAGAUGCCCUACACGGAGGCAGUGAUCCAUGAGAUCCAAAGAUUCGGAGACAUGAUCCCCAUGGGCCUGGCACGCAGAGUCACCAAGGACACCAAGUUCCGGGACUUCUUCAUCCCCAAGGUGCUGCCCCGCCCAGCCCAGAGGGACCUCCCACCUGCUUGGGUCAUGUGA